AUGCCACAGCAACUACUUCAUUUGCCAGACGGCCAGACCUUCACGGUCACGCCUGUCUUUGGUGGUGUUGGAUUCAGAAGCCAUGAGAUGAAUGCUGCGCAUUACCAUGCCUUUCCCAUCGGUUGGACCAUCGUUCUCCAAACUGAGGCUGAGGCCGAGAGUGAUGAUGACGACCCUAUGGACAAGGAUGACCAGAAUGGCCUUGAUGAGCGGGAUGGCAUGUUGGGCGCCCUGCUCAACACGAAGCGCGCAAUCCGCUCUUAUACCACCCCGACUUUGGACAGAGACAGGCUCUUCAUCUCGUCUAUUGCUAACCCCUCCAGCAAUGAAUUCAAGCCAGCUGCCAGCCCUACUCGCCAGAUUGCCAUGAUGCUCUGGGUCACUCUAUACUGGUAUUUCCACCAGCCCGAGCCUUCUCCGGUCCUUGAGACGGAUGCCUCUAGACUCACGCCUCCCUGUGGUAAGCCCAGAGGGGAUUGGAAGAUCAACAUCACAAGGGAGGGAGUGCUCCGGGGCCGAAAUCUCAUCCCAAAGCUAGAGAGGAUGGGGUUGAUUGCUACCUCUAAUUCUUCAGUUGGUACAAGUCUGGAUGACAACGGGGAGAGUUGGGCUCGCAUGUUUGUAUCGAGGAGGAUGUUCUGGCAAAUCCCCGGGCGGCUGUUCCUUUUCACCCUCCAGCCCAACAGGGGCAUGUCUUCUUUCCCAGGCUCCCCAACCAACAGCCGGCCUAGCUCUCCUACUCCGACCGAUUCGUCGCGCCCCCACCACCGUCAUACACACUCGCAGCCGCCAAAUGCAUUCCACAGCCGUGGUGACAGCGACCUUCCAGGAUCGCCAACACCGGUGGCUCUCGUAGGCAAUCCUGGUGCCAUGUCAGGGCCCUUCGCCUCAUCUUCCCAUCUUCCCACAUACUAUCCUCCUCCACCACCGCUGUACAUCUCGACAAAUGGUGUCCGCCAUCCUCUCCGACCCAAGCCCCCACGAAUGGGUGAGGUGUUCUAUUCUAGGUAUCUCCCUAGUGUUGGGCAAUAUCUGUCGUUCCGGGUGGCAUCCAACUCUCCUAAGCCGGUUCCAUACUUGGGCCCGGUUGGCCAAAAGGCAGCCGAGAACCAACAUCUUACCACGCUGAGCGAUACUUCCCUACUGCAGAUGUGGAUGUCUAACUCACGUGUAAGUGCGUUCUGGGGACAAUAUCAUCAGAACUUCCUCACCGAUGCCUUUCAGUCGCGCCACUCCUUCCCUGUAAUUGGAAUGUGGGACGGAGUUCCAUUUGGUUACUUUGAGAUCUACUGGGUGAAGGAAGACAUUCUCGGUCGGCAGCUCGGCAACGAAUCUCAAGACUGGGACAGAGGACUCCAUGUGUUGGUUGGAGAAGAGUGGGCUCGGGGUCGCGUGCCCACAUGGCUCAACGGAUUGGUGCACUGGUGCCUUACGGCUGACUACCGCACGAUGAAUAUUUGCUUGGAACCUAGAGUGGACAACGAAAGAUUCAUAGAGCGGCUGCAGCAAAAUGGUUUCUCACGGCAGAGACAGGUCUCAUUUCCACACAAGCAGUCAUGGUAUGUGAAGCUAUCAAGAGACUCAUGGGAAGGUCCUGUUUUAUAG